AUGCGAUACCCCGCAGCUUAUUUACUUGCUAUAUUAGGUGGCAAUUCAUCACCAGAUGUAGCUGCAAUUGCCAAGAUUUUGGGUAGCGUUGGAAUCGAAUGUGAUGAACAACGUGCUCAAAAAGUAAUCGAUGCUUGUAAAGGUAGAGAUGUUAAUGAAAUUAUUGCUGAGGGCUUAAAAAAGAUGGACAAUUCUACCUUGAUAAGUACAUCUAUGGUAACGUCUACACCUACAAGCAACCAAACAGUUGCUCAUACAGAACCACCAGACACAAAUGAAAUUGAAAAUCCAGACAUCAGCCCACCUUCAACUCCUGGUAGCAACUCAGGCAUGUUUGACUUGUUCGGCUAA